AUGAACAAAUUGUUUUACAAUCCCGUCGAAACCCUCAGCUCCGAAAACAGCAAAAAGUUGGUAGAAGUCACUAUCAAACGUCUACCACCGAACGCCGUGCUCUAUUACCCGCGCGGCGGACAAUUUAUUCAGUGGCCUGCUUUCGGAGGCCACGUCACCGACGAGUGGCUCUCGAAAAACCGCUGCCCUGGAGAGCAAGCUCUUCUUCGUGGAACACCGUUGGUAGUUUCCGCGGAUGUGAAAAUCCCAAACUCGUUCCCCGCCACGGAACUCCUCAUUGUGACCCGAGUGGAAGGAGGGUCCCUCCGAAACGAGGGUAAAAUCGGAAGUCAAAAACCUAGCGAGGUGCCGGAUCAAAGAGCUGAAAAUGCGCAAAUCGGAGGUCAUCAACCUAGCGAGGUGCUGGACCAAACAGCUGAAAUUGCGCUUCUGAAAAAUGAAAUCGCGCUUCUCAAAAGAAAAAUUGGGGAUCUGGAAGUGAAUUAUUAUAACCUCAAGAGGUCUCAUGAGGACGGAAUGAGAGGGAUUUAG